AUGAGGGCCCGCAGCAAACAAAAAUGCCCGGCAGAGGCUGAGAAGAUGCGUGUCCUUGUGGCGUACAAGGAAUACAAAGACUGGAAACUUGUUGUCAAGGACAAUGGUGUAGCCAUGACUACGGUACGCCGCGUAGUCAACAAGGGGCACGUCAACAAGAAACUGAGUGGUGGGGCACGCAUGGGACGGUCGAAAGUCAUUCCUGCGAUCCGCGAUGCCUUGGAGCGCAAUGUAAACGACAACUGUUCCUACACGUUCACCGCCAUGAAAAAAUUCAUUGCCAAGGACUUCCCUGGUGUUGAACUUUCCUUACAAACGAUCAGUCGGCACCUGCUCGGAAUGCUGUACACAACUAAAACUUUGCGCAUCGAGCCCGCGACAUGCAACAACGAUGUGAACAAGACAAAACCAAAGGCAUUCGUGGAGACCCUACUGACGCAUCAGCAAGACGGAGACUACAUUGUUUACUACGACGAGACAAAUUUCAACAUUUACUGCCAUCGUACCCUUGGACGUGCCAAGAAAGUCCAGCGAGCGACGUUGGUGCCCCCUCCGUCAAAAGGCCCUAACCUCCAGGUUCAAUGUGCUGUGUCUGCCGAGCACGGUCUUGUUUGCCAUCGACUGGAGCGGGGUAGCAUCAAGAUGGCGCAGAAUGCUGCAUUCGUUGAAGAAAUCUAUCAAGCCAUGAAGUGCUACAUGGAACGCCAACUUUGA